GUUGGUUUCUCACGUUGACCAGGUCGCAAGAGAUUCAUAGCGAGAAUGGCCCAAAAAUCAUUGAAAAUCCUGGUGAGUGGGGAUGCUGAAGGAAAACUUGAUCAGCUUUACAAAAGAGUGAGGAAUGUUCAGAAUAAGGCUGGUCCUUUUGAGAUGUUACUGUGUGUUGGUAAUUUUUUCGGCCAUGGGCUAAAAGCUGAGGAUGAGUGGAAGAAAUAUAAAGAUGGCUUAGCUGCAGCUCCAAUAUCAACAUACGUCCUUGGUGCUAAUCUACCAGAACAUAUGGAAUAUUUCAAAGAGAUUGAUGGUUGCGAUUUAGCAGAUAACAUUACAUAUCUCGGUAAGCGAGGCGUUUUCAAUAGUAUGUCUGGUUUACAAGUAGCGUACAUCAGUGGUAUAGAACAACCCAGUGGUAGUAGUGAUGCCAAAGCACACCAUUUCACAGACAUAGAUGUGACUGCAUUGAUAGAAUCGCUGACUGCAGAUACUAACUUUAAAGGUGUGGAUGUGUUACUGACAUCACAGUGGCCUAAAGGAGUCUCCCAGAAUGCAUCACAACCUGAUGGAAUUACUGACAAGACUUCAGGUUCAAGUCUAAUAGCAAAACUUGCCAUGUGUUUAAGACCAAGGUAUCACUUUUCUGGGAUAUAUCAGACACACUAUGAACGACAACCGUACAGAAACCAUAGAGUACUAGCAGAAGCUGCCAAGCAUGUUACAAGGUUCAUUGCCUUAGCUAACGUUGGCAAUUCAGACAAGAAAAAGUAUUUGUAUGCCUUCAACAUUGUUCCCAUGUGUAAAAUAGAGAAUGAAGAAUUGAUCAAACAGCCGCAAGAUGUAACGGAAUGUCCAUUCAAAAUACAAGAUGUGAACACAGAAACGGCACAGGCAGACAUGUCUAAUCAGUAUUUUUAUGAUUCAAAAAGUUACAAUAAACCACAGAAGAGACAACAAAGGCAAGAUGGUGGACAACACAAGAAGCCAAGACCACCACCAAAGCCCACAGGACCAUGCUGGUUUUGUCUUGGUAGUCCUGAGGUUGAAAAGCAUCUUGUAGUUAGUGUGGGCACACAUACUUAUGUGGCUUUAGCUAAAGGUGGACUUGUACCUGAUCAUGUUCUGAUAUUGCCCAUUGGUCACUAUCAGUCUUCAGUAGACUUACCACAGGAAGCUUUAGAUGAAGUAGAAAAGUACAAAAGUUGUCUUCAGCAGAUGUUUAGGAAAGAUGAUGAGUCUUGUGUUAUCUUUGAAAGGAAUUAUCGAAGUCAACACUUACAGCUGCAGGUCAUACCAUAUGAUGCUGAAAAAUCUGAAACCAUUAGUGCAGUUUUCCAAGAAUACAGCGAGGCACAAAAACUAGAACUUAAUGAAAUACCAAAAAACUCAGACUUGAAGCAGAUUAUUUCAACAGGCACGCCAUUCUUUUUUGUUGAACUGGAAUCUGGGGAAAAAUUUCUUCAUCGUAUUAAAAAGGGAUUUCCACUGCAGUUUGGCAGGGAAGUCUUGGCAAGUCCUGAGAUACUUGAUAUGCCAGAAAGAGCCGACUGGAAAGCAUGUUCAGUUAGCAAAGAAGCGGAAGCAAGCAUGGCAGCGGAUUUCAGAGACAAAUUCAAAGCAUUUGACUUUAAUUUAAUGUAACUGUGCAAUUAGAAAAAAAGAAAGUUUAUCAUGUUGUUGUUUGAUGAUUAAUUGGUAAUCACAACUUGUCUAUCCGGUUAAUUCCUACUGGAUUGACUUUAUACUUGCCAAAUUUCCAGAGUACACUUCCUGUCCCAAAUCAUCAUAAUUUGAUGAUCAGACACUUAACAAACUAUGGACAGCGCCCCCAAUGGCCAUAGUUGCAAGAUGCCUCUUUAUUUUAUGCAAGUGCAUAUUUUUAAACACAGAAUCUUUUAUGGACUAUUUUAACCUCAAUGACAUAAUAAACGAUUUCUUACAAAACAGAGA